AUGUUCGAGCACGUAUUUCGAAAGUGCGACAAUUCAACCAAAUCGGCUCUCUUUAAACUUCGUUGCACAUGGAACACCGUCUUCACUCCAUCAACACUUCAUGCUCUGGACAUGAAGAUCAAACAAAUCGAUAGUGCUUGGCCGAUUGUGACCCCACGGACUCCAAGUCCUGUAGCAUCUACUGGCGCUUCCCCAACAGGAUCAUCAUCUGGAUCAUCAUCCCCAGACUUGUCACCGAGAGGAACAAAGCGUAAAUGUGAUUCAGGAGAGAAUCAUAAUGGUCCAAACCCAAAAAAGUCUACACAAGCAGAUCUCCCAUUGGAAACUUUCAAACAAGUUGCUCAACCACCACCAUCAUCACAAUAUCCGCAUCAACUACAUGUGUGCGUAGUACAGCCGAAACUUGAAGUUAAAGAGGAGCCUUCAUCAAAUUCUCCAAAAACCAAGGAGGACUGGCUUUCCUAUCUCCGCGGCCUUCAACAAUCUGGAAUCUUGCCACCUGUCAAGCCGAGUCCACCACCAAUGGAUCAGUCCAACUCUCAGAAGAGCCGAAAGCGAAACAGAGGACAAUCCAGAUGGGAAGCGAUGCCAGUGGUUCCAACUCCACAAGUUUCUCUUGAUGACUUCAACAUUCACAAAUUGAGUGUCCGUCACAAUUCCAUCGUGGAUGCAUUACUGACACCAAGAAUGGAUUCAUGCAAACACUGUGGACUUCGUCUCGAUAAUUCUAAUGGAAAGUCCAAAGAAUGGAAGGAUCACAUGGACUGGCAUGUCAGAGAGAAUUUGGGAAUCAAUAAACCAUCUGGAUCCAAACAUCAGGAGUGGUAUCCAUCUUCGAAGACGUGGCUGACUCCACGUGCUACCGAGGAGCCGAAGGAGCAAGUGGCUAGUGAAGUAGAGGAAUCUCAACCAGGAGUUCCUUCCAGUGGAACAAAAACCAAGAAGUGUUCAGUAUGCAGAGAGAGAUUCAGUGAAUACUACGAUGACGAUGAGGAGAUCUGGCGAUUCAAGGAUACCGUCAAGGUUAAUGAGAAGAUCGUGCAUACUGGAUGUGCUUCAGAUGCGACUCGAUGA